AUGCAGACCUCGCGCUUCCAGACCAUCCGCGCCCACUUCUCCACGGCCGGAGUCCGCUCCUCGUUCCGCCGCCACUCUUCGUCGUCCUCGCGCAGCUCCAGAACCUCGUUCGUCUCCUCCGCGUCGUCGAACAAGACGGCCGUCAACUCGGUCCUCUUCCGCCAGCCAUCGAUAGUAGACCUCGAGAUGGAGAGGCAGAGCAGCGGUGCUGUCCUCGACAUGCUUGAGCCUCGUCCCAUCGUCUACUGGGGCGGUACAUCAAACUCCGUCGUCUAUUGGAAGAGGCACAAUCACGGCCUCAUUGUUCCCGUGCCAGCAAAGCCUUCUGUCAGCCAGCCUUCCUGGUGCCGUCGAGACCAGAUCGGCCCGAUGGAUAACCCGGCCAGCGCAUCACGACCCGUGCAGCCUUAUAGCAUCCCGUCAUCGUCACCUGGGAACUCGUUAACUGAGCACGGCAACGACCGCGGCGGGGCUGCGGUAUCCGAUAUCGACUCCAGCUCCGACGAUGGAGGCGACACUCGAGACGAUCGAGCAUUGCUACCCCAAGAGGUACUGGGCAACAGCCACCACCACCACGACGCAAGGGACAUGGCGCGUGGGCUUCAGCCAACAGAACCCCCAGGGAGCCCGCGCGCCGUGGAUCGGACGUCGGGCUUGACUCGGCCGCAGGCGUGGAAUCUGUAUCUCAGCCAUGCUCUAUCGACGUGGAAUGCCCGGGGCUAUGAGUUUGCUGCUGUUCUCUUCACAGCGGCAGCCAUGAUCAUCAUUUACUUUGCCAUGAUCAUGUUUUCGAGCUCCAUUGGCAGCUGGGUCGACCAGUCGCCGUCCAGGCUGCGCACGCUGCUCACCACCAUCGUGUGCAACCGCGGCUCCGUCAUUGUCGGAUCCCUCUUCUGGCUGGCCAUCCUGAGCCAGCGCGAUCUGCUGCUGAACGAGCUGCCUCGGGGUAUGGACGAGUCUGCCAUGUUCUUUGUACUGCCGACCAACAAGACUCUGAAGGGGGUUGGCUUCGGACUCGCCAUAUGCUGCGGCAUCGCCGAGCGCCUCAGUGCGUCUGGCAACUUGUUAUCGAUGGAGCGCGACUGGGUUCCGACUGUUGCGGCGAGGCCUACUCUAGAUCGUGCCGCUGGGAGCAAGGCGAGUCCUUACGACCUGACCCAUCUCAACGCCGUUAUGCGCCGGAUCGACCUCGUCUGCAAGUUGUUCUCGCCCAUUGUCCUGUCCCUGGUCAUCUCCUUCUCUGGGUCGACCCGGGCUGGCGUGCUCUUUACCGGGCUGACCAGCUCUAUAUGCAUCCCCAUCGAGAUGAUAUCUGCCAGGUCAGUCUGGCGAGCAAACCCGGCCCUGCAGCAACCGAAGCAACGACGCCAGACGGCAGCGCCCAACACCACCACCAUCACCACCACGGCGGCGGCGUCUGGCACAACCGCCGCGAGCCCGCCCCUCGCCCGGCGCAUCUUGUCCCAGAUGCGCUCCUACCCGCGCGACUUUGCCAUGUACUUCACCACGCCGUCCUCGGUCUGGAUCCCCUCGCUCGCCCUGGCCAUGCUGCACUUCAACAUGCUCACCUGGCGCGCCACGUUCAUCACGUAUCUCAUCACGGUCGGGUACUCGCUCAACGUCAUCACGGCGGCUCGCACGGUCGGGUCCUUGUUCGAGAUCACGAGCACCGUCAUCACGCCGCGGUUGAUUGUGACGCUGGGGAGGACAAGCAAUCUCGGUGCGCCGGAAGAGAGGAGGGGGACGGGGAGGGGAAGUGAUACUGAAGCGGGCUCUGACGCUGGUCGAGCGCUGCUGUCAUCUGCCGCAGAAGAAGAUGAAGACGAGGAAGAGGAGGCAGCAUCGUCACCUAGACACAACCAGUCGCGGUUCGAGAGGGAAAGUGAGAGCGAGGAGCUUGCGGACCGGCAGACGUUGACGGGACUACAGCGGGUUGGGCUGUGGGGGAUCACAUGGCAGAUUGCCAACACGAUUCCCGUCGUCCUCGCAAUCUGGAUCAUCACCGCCGACGCAAAGCCAUCGACACCCUCCUCAUCUUCCACCACCCUCACCGCCACCACCAUCACCACCAGCGACACCAGCGACACCAUGCUCAACAUCUCCAACUCCAUCAUCCUCUUCUCUUUCCUCUCCCUCUCCCGCCUAGGCGUCUGGGUCUUCGACCUCACCACCCAGCAGCUCACCCAGACCCUAGUGCCCCCGCAAUCCCGCUCCUCCUUUGCCGGCGUCGAGAACAGCAUCACCAACGUCUUUGAGCUCGCGGGCGCCAUGGCGAGCAUCGCCUUCCCGGACCCCAGGCAGUACCCUUACCUCGCGAGCGCGAGCCUGGCCGCCUGCGUGCUGAGCUGGGCCCUGUACGCGGGCUGGGUACGCCGCCGGAGGGGCCACCUCGUGCACUGCGAUAAGAUGGAGGACAUCAUUGUCGGCGCUGGCGGCGGGCGGUGCCUGAAGGGGCGGCGGCGAUAG